GUUUCGUUUAUCAUAUUUGUUGAUUGAUCGCAAAUUAUCAAAGACUGGCGUAUUCUCAUAGACAUACUUCAGUGCGUAUUCUGCAUUUAAUGGUGUAUUCAAUAGACUGACGGAAGAAUCAGUAAAUCAAUGAAACGACCAAAGAGAAUAAUCUAAAUAUAUAUAAAUAUAUAAUUAUAGUCACUAGAUUGUGGAUGAAUGUUUGUAAUUGGUACUAGAUAGUAAAGUAAAAUACGGCGAUAUAUACACUGUAGGACACUUAUGAACAGUAUUCAAUUUGAGUGAGACAGUUCCGACAGUGCACACUAAUUGUGUUUUACAAAUAAGACUCCAAAAGAAAGAUCAAUAAAAUGUUAAAUUUAAAACACUAAGCUAUUUUAUCACACAGCGAAGAGCCAUUUACACAUGGUGAAAAGUCACGUACUCAUUUGCAACUAUAAACAAAAAUGAUCCACGUAAGAAAGUGACAAAUAAAUAAAGUCGAAACAGUGCGUGCAUUUUGUCCCAGCAAAAUGGAUAUCAAAAAUAUUCAGAAAAACGCCAUGCAAAAAAGUGCGGAGUUCACUUUCACUCCGCCACCCGAGGCUCCAGUAUUUGAACCUACAGCUGAAGAGUUUUUGGAUCCCUUGAGUUAUAUCGCUAAAAUUCGUCCUGUGGCUGAGAAAACAGGAAUUUGCAAAAUUAAGCCACCAUCUCGAUGGCAACCACCUUUUUCGUUAGAUGUGGACAAAUUGAAAUUUGUUCCUCGCAUUCAAAAAGUAAAUGAGCUGGAAGCUAUUACGAGGUUAAAACUUUUGUUUCUUGAAAAAAUCUUAAAAUUUUGGGAUUUACAAGGCUCCCCCUUAAAGAUACCUAUGAUUGAAAACAAAACUCUGGACCUUUAUUGUUUAAAAUUUUGGGUUGAUGAAGAAGGUGGUUUCGAAAAUUGUAAUACUCCUAAAAAAUGGCGAAAGAUAGCAAAUUCCAUGGGUUACAGUCAAAAUACCAGUACAAUGAAUUUUUUAAGGAGCAAUUAUGAGAAAAUAUUACUUCCAUAUGAAAUAUUUGAGAAAAGCAAAGCUGAUAUUUUGAAAACAGUUAAAAAGACUGAAACAAAAACUGAAUCUAAGGUUGGAGAACCUGGAAAAUUAAUGUUUAAAGAAGUAUCAGUAGAAUCAAUUACCAAAGUCAAGGAUGAGAGCGAAUUGAAAGAAGAAAAGCUCAGCAAAAGUAUAAAGAAAACAAAAACAGGUUCAGAUAUUACAAUUGAAAUAGAUUUGACCAAAAGUAAUUUAGAAAAUGAAGUAUUAAAAAGAAACCGUGAGUUAAGAAGAUUGGCUUGCUAUGGACCAGGACCUAAAAUGCCAGGACUCAAUGAUGAAGAAUUUGAUAUAACUAAAUCCAGAAAAAGACCGCGGUAUGAUUUGGAUCCAUUAGCAAUUUAUAUUUGUGCAAUUUGCCAAAAGGAUCACAGAGAUGACCUGCUUCUCAUUUGUAAUGGUUGUCAAGAUACUUAUCAUACAUUCUGUUUAAAACCACCACUGACAGCUGUGCCAGAUGGAGACUGGCGAUGUCCCUGUUGCAUUGCGGCAGAGGUACAUAAACCAGCAGAGGCAUUUGGGUUUGCUCAAGCUGAAAGAGAAUAUACGCUUCAGCAGUUUGGAGAAAUGGCAGAUAAAUUUAAAUCUGAAUAUUUUAGCAUGUCUGGUCAUUUGGUUCCCACUAAUGUUGCAGAGAAAGAAUUUUGGAGAAUAAUUUCAUCAGUAGAGGAAGAUGUUACGGUUGAAUAUGGAGCAGAUUUACAUUCAAUGGACCACGGCUCUGGAUUUCCAACUAAAUCAUCUCUAAAUCUCUAUCCUGGUGAUCAAGAAUAUGUUGAUUCUGGUUGGAACCUCAAUAACUUGCCAGUCUUAGAAGGCUCUGUAUUAAGAUUUAUUAAUGCAGACAUAUCAGGUAUGACUGUCCCUUGGAUGUAUGUAGGGAUGUGCUUUUCAGCAUUUUGUUGGCAUAAUGAAGAUCACUGGAGUUAUUCUAUAAAUUAUUUACAUUGGGGUGAAGCAAAAACUUGGUAUGGAGUACCUGGGAGUGGAGCAGAACUUUUAGAAAAUGCAAUGAAAGCAGCAGCUCCUGACCUUUUCAAAACCCAACCAGAUUUACUGCAUCAGUUAGUUACUAUAAUGAAUCCUAACAUUCUUAUGGCUGCAGGGGUGCCAAUUUACAGAACUGAUCAGCAAGCUGGAGAGUUUGUUAUCACUUUUCCAAGAGCAUAUCAUGCAGGAUUUAAUCAAGGAUAUAACUUUGCUGAGGCAGUUAACUUUGCUCCACCUGAUUGGUUACCUAUUGGACGAGAAUGCAUCACUCAUUACAAAAAAUUAAAAAGAUUCUGUGUAUUUUCUCAUGAUGAACUUAUAUGUAAAAUGGCAUUAGAAGGAGAUAGAUUAGACUUGGAUACUGCAUUACAAACACAAAAAGAGUUAAUGCGCGCUACACAAGAAGAGGGAUCUUUCCGUGGAAAGCUGGCAGACAAAGGUAUAAAGAAUGUUCGCAGAACUGCAUUUGAGCUGCUCGGUGAUGAUGAACGACUUUGUGAAAUCUGCAAAACGACUUGCUUCUUAUCAUCUGUUUCAUGUAGUGAAUGCAAACAUAUGGCAUGCUUACAACAUGCAGAAGUUAUGUGUGAAUGUAAGUGGGAGAAAAAAACCUUAUACUAUAGGUAUGACAUGGAUGAAUUGCAUAUAAUGGUACAAACAAUUGACUUUAGGGUUAACAGCUUUGAUAAAUGGAUGACUGAUGCCAAGACCCUUUUGCUCCCCACUGCCCCUGAUAUAGGUAGACUUCAAAAAUUGAAAAAUUUGAUUGAUGAAGCUGAUGAGUUAAAAUUACCAAAAUGCAAGUUAUUUCAUCAAUUAAAAGAAGAAUAUACAAAAACCACCGAGAACACUGAACCGAUUGUAAUAGAACUUGAUGAUGAUUAAUUUAAAAAACCAACUGUAGUACAAAAUAUUUUAGUGAUUGACCUUAAAAUUAUAAUCAAUGAAAAAUUGUCAUGAAGAGAUAUCAAAUAAUACUAGUGCUACAUCUAUCUCAGUCUAGAAAAUAAGAAACUUGUUUCAUAUUAAAAUUAUAGUUGCAAGUUUUUAUUAACUUCCUAGUAUGUCAUCAAUAACAUAAAAUAUUGAUUCUUACAAUGUUAGAGUAUUAUAAUAUUUUUUUUAAAUAUAAAUAAUAGCUCUGCACUCUUAGUUCUUAUAACAAGGUUGCUGAAUAUUGUUAUUUGUGUAGUAUAGUAUUAUAUCUGUAUAUUUGAAUGUAAGGUUUAGAUUGACAUUGUAAGUGUUUUGUGUAACUCUCCAAUUUCACUUAUAUUUUAUUUCAUGCUGCCUCUUCACUCUGCGCAUUUGGUCAAAUAUUCUGUAUCCGAUUGAAACAAAAUAAACUUAAAAUUAGUGUAAUUUUGUUUAGACUUGGUACUGACUAUUUGCACAAAUUCGGUAAAGAUGUUAUACACCCACAAUGAGUUAUCAUGAUGAUUUGUAAAGCUCUUAUAGUCUUGCCGAUGUGUUCUUGUGAAAUGCUGUUAUUAACAUGAUUAUUAGUUAAAAAGAUAAAUAUGCUAUAUUAUUCUGAACAUAAGUGUGUUACAUCCCACCGCCUAUGAAUAUAUUUAAUUUAGUGCUUUGUUUUAAAAAUUGUUAAAUUAGAAUAUGAUCACUAAUUAUUUAAGUGUGUGCGUUUGAAUUCUAGUGACAAUUAAUGGAUGCAUAUAUUGAACUUUUUGCUGUAUUAUUUAGACCUUUGCUAACUCAUAUAAUAAUACGAUAAUUUUGUGAAACUUCAUUUAUCUUCCAUAUCCAGAAUUAUUAUUUUGGUUACAUAUUAAUGAAAACAUAAUUGAUCUCAAUAAAAACUUUGCUGUUUCAUUUAGGGACAAUUGCAUUACUAAAAUUCCUUAAAUUCCAAGCCAAUAUUUUGUAAAAUACUAAUAACAAUUCUAAGUUAUUCUAUCUAUACUAUACAAGAGAAAUGAAUAUGCAAUUUAAUAAUUAUCCAAGUGAAAUACUUAUCACCUAUAUUGUAAUGUAAAGUUAAGAAAGCAGAGUGUUUCGAAGUAAUUUUAUGUGUAAUGUAACAAAAUGUCCGCUAAAUUAAUUUUAUAUUCAAUUCCAGUUUAUUCACAUAUUUUGUUGAGACAUAUGAAAGUUCAAAUUAGUAACAGACCCAGAAGCACUUGUAAUAUUCUUGUUAUAAUGCAGAAAUAUAAUUCUAAAAUACGCGUAUGAUGUAGAUAAGAAUUUGGUGCCGAAACUAAACAGAAAAAAUGUUUGGACAUUUCUAUUUCAGUAAAUACUUGAUCGAGGGAUAAAUUCUAUAAAAAUGCCGAUGGUGUCGUGUAGCAAUAUAGCCACAGUAGUUUAAAAAUGGAUAAUACUAGUACAUUCAGCAUGUUUCGUUUAUUUUAAUAUCCUGUGCAAUGUUCUAUAAACUGCGUAUUGCGACUGCGUAUGUAUCAUCAUCCGGCCUAUUUCCAGCGCUAAGCAGUGAUCUCUUCCGAUUUGAAUAGCCGUUAUACAAUACAAUGCAAUUGAGACAUCACAAGGUUAUCAAAGUCUCCAAACCAGUUAACAGGAUCUUAGAGAUACCUAAUUGGUCGGCUCAAUAACUGUCACGCAUCACCUUUAGAUAUUAUUAAGUGAAAGAAUACUAACUACUUACGAUCCGACUAUAAAAGAUACAAGAAGAUUGUAUGAAAUGCGAAUAAGCUAUUACCCUCCAAAGUAAACAAAUACAAGGUAUUUUACGAAUACAGAUGCUGGAAACAACUCCCGUUCGCUCGACGCAUUCAUCUAAUGCCUAUUUUAAUAUUAGACAUAAAAAUUAAAUUAAUAAAAAUAAAAAAAUAAAAACAUUUUCUACAAUUUUUUGUAGGUAUUUCGGUUUCGUGUUGUUUCCCAUUAGAUGAAGUUCUUUUUAAACUAUGAAGGAACAAGGCCCAAACUUUGUGAUUCAUGACCAUUAAUAUUCAUAAAUGAUUCCUUGCUAUAACUGUUAUACCGACGACGGAUUAAUUUAUAUAAAAAAAUUGCUUGACAAUAUUUUUUUUAAAGAAUUUGGAAAUCCAGAAAUGUAACCAAAAUGAAUUAAUUAUUGAUGUCUAUCUUAAUUUUCCAUUUCAUAAACCUAAUAUAGUGACGUAGUUGUAAGAUUUAUUUGAUUGAGACUGCAACAUAUAUUUUUAAGUGUCGUAAAUGUUCAUUAUGUUACACAAGGUAAAUCAUAAGUUUAUUUACAUUUAAUUAAAUUUUUCAUUAGUGUGAUUUGUACGUACUGUGAUUUUUUGCUGCGAACACCUAUAUUAAUGUAACAAACGUGAGUAUUAUAUAACUAGUAAUAAAUUAUAAUUUUCAGUAGUGCACGUUGAGACUUUUAUUUAAUGUAAUCAUCACAAUGCAUUUUAUUUGAAGAUAGGGGGUUUUAUUAAAUACUAAAGCCAUAUUUGUUAACAUUUUAUUUAAAAAAGUAUAAAUUAAACAUCACAAAGGUUAAUUAAUUGAUAAAGUAUUUGGUGUAAUAAUCGUGAUCCGAUCACGAUAAUAUUGUAUAAAGCUUAAAUAAUCAUAAUAAAUAUCUCCAAAAUCCCUAAGCUACGUGUUUUGUGUCAAGAAGAAACAUUGAUUAUACAUUGAUAUCUUUAAUAAAAUUACACCUUAUCCGACUUUCAUUUGUGAUAUAGAUAAAUUAAUAAUUUCCUUAAUAAAAAUUCUACAGACGUCACAAUAAUAUUAAUCAGGCCAUUAAACGCAUGUCAAAAUUUGAUUAAUUAGAGGAUGUUUGAGUGUAAUCAUUAUCUGAUAGAAAUAAUUUGCUUUUAUUGUGAAGUCUAUUCAGAAUUACAUUAAUUACUUAAGGCGAACGUCUAUAGAUAUAAUAUUUAAUAUAAAGCUGGGCAGGAAUUGUUUAAAACUAUUAAUGCGAUGAAAACAUCAAAGGACGGAUACAUUAUAGGUACAAGGACGGAAGUUUUGAGUAUUUUAGAACUUUGUUCCUUAUGAACUACCUACAUGAAAAAAAAACUGAAUCGUUUAGACUUAGGAGUUCCAUUUAAGUACACAGACGGUAGUUACAUAACAUACUAGAAAUUAAUCACAAUAAAUAACAUACAAAAUACAACAAACCAGGUACGAAAGCGCACAAUACACCGGUUUAAUUUUACAAUUUUACUGGAUCAAUCAGCGUGUAAGAAAAAUCAAAAUUUUGUUAAAUACAUGUCGCAUGUUGCAUCAUGUUUGUACCUAAAGCGAACAAGCCGGGAUCACAGAUUACUUGUGUAAAUAAGAACACGGAACUAAAAAAGUAAAUAUUGCACUUAUUAUCCAGACUUUCUCGGUUUCAUUUAUCGUCGGUUAUCAAAAAUUCAUCUUUAGGUUAACAUGGUCUUAAAUUAUACUAGGUACUGCUUUUAUUGUCUUCGUAGGCAGACGAGCUUGCGACUUUCCUAUCUAAUGGUAAGUAGAAAUCCCCGCCCAUGGACCCAGCAAUGCCAACAAAAGUGUACUAAUUCUCUUUCGACUGAUCUUAAGAUAUAUCUGACAAAAGCCUACUGCGAGUUUACCAAUAAAACACAAACGCGUUUACAGAGUUCACUAUUUCCUAGCGAAUGUCACACAGUUGUAUAGUUAAGUUUAAUUUUCGUACUAAAUGACGAUUACUGAUCUUAAACAUAUAGACAUAAGUGAUUGUUUUGAACACAGCGAAGGAAAGUUAAUGAUGAUAUAUGUAAAAUUAAGAAUUAAGGUAUUAUUUCAUAUAGAGACGUUUGAAGGUUUUUGAUUCUCAUUGCGUAAGGGAGAAGGUUUUCUUGGAAAAAGGCAAUUUCAAUCAGAUUUUUUUUAAAUAAUACUGAUUUAAACUCGAAAGUACGAAAAGUCAAAGUAGUCUUAAUUAAAUCUAUGACCUACCUAGCUACCAGCAAAUCAAUAGGGAAAAUAAAAAUAAUACAAUAACAGUUGAGGAUUAAAAAUUACGCGAUCUUGUAAAUAAACUCUCAAAAACAUGAGGCACGUUAUUGAACCUAAGACAUUGCACGGUACAGUUUAGAAAGAGCGUUUCUCCUGGUUUAUUGUAUUGUUAAAAGUAUGAACAUCUUAAUACAUUUAUUAAAAAAAAAA